UCUCUCUCUUUCGUUUGUAUUUUAGAAUGAAGAUAAUGGUGUCAUGUUUAUGUCGUCGCUUUUUUUUUUUCUCCUCCUUUUUUAUUAUUUCUUUCAACAUUUUAAUCGUUCAUUUAAAAUUUAAAAUACAUAUGUUGAGUACGCGAAUUAUGCUUGGAAGUCUUAUCAAGGAUACGAUGUCGAAUCUGUUUUUAUCAUUUCUUUCAAAAUUUUAUUCGUUUAUUUAAAAUUCGAAACAUGUAAGUAUUUGUGUCUCGUGAAUGAUUAAAAAUAGAAGAUAACGAUGAUAAUUAUCGAUGGAUAUAAUCUUAAUACAAUCAGUAUCGAAAUUUUCAUUCGAACUCGUAAGAGUUAACUCUAUUUCAAUGAUUGAUCGUUAUUUAAUUACGAGAACUUGUGUAAUUAAAUGGUUAAGUCUCUGUUUGCGGACUGACUAGCUGAUUAUAAAUUUCGAUCACGUUCGCGUUUAUUUGUCCGGCUCAAUGGAGAAUGCUCCCAAGCGGCUCGAGUUAAACAAUAAUUACGUUUCUCGAUCGAUCGUGCAUGCGUCGAAAUAUAAAGAAGAUUGUAAACUCUCAAGAAAUAUGUGAUAUACCUUCUAACUAACUUCUCUGUUUUAAAGAAAUAAAAGGAAACAAAGAAAAGAAAAACAAAGAAAACUCAAAAACACGAACUUCGCGUUCGUCGAAGCAUCAUUCAAAAUUUUCCGUACAAAUACGAUUCCUAAAUUCGAUUUCUAACACAAAACCAAAUUAUUCGACUAAAACAAUUACAAAUUUUUUCGUUACCGCCGACGGAAAUGUAAUUAAGUCUGAUCAGAAAGAAGAAAAAAAAAAAGAAGAAAAAUGGAAUACCAUUAAAAAUUUUUGUCGAUUUAAAUGACGUAGAAAAAAUUAAUAAAAUGCAGUUCCACGAUCUCUUUCACAAAAUCCAAUUUUAAAUAAAAAAAAAAAAAAAUAAAAAAAAACAAUUAGUCUACAGAAAAUACAUACACAAAGCAGACGUAAAAUCUAUAAUCAGAUAUGGAUAUAAACGACGAUUCUCCGGAGGACGUAAAACGUGCCGUUUCGGUAGAAAAGGAGAUAAGGAAGGGUGAAAAGGACGACGUAUUUGACGUACGUCCACGAGAAAGAGAAAAGAAGAAAGAAAGAUGGUUACAUUGCGCCAAACCGUUGCCGAAGAAAAAGAAAGUUACAGCAGAGGAAUGUUGUCAGAAAAAAAAGAAGAAGGCAGCAGCUAAGGAUGUGAAACAAGUGACGGUGAUGAUUUAUGGUAAACCAUGUAUUUUUCCUAAGAAGGACAUCAUUCCGAGACAUUGUCUGUCAAAAAAAGAGUACAUUAACUUACUAGCCACUCCGAACCGUAAAUGUCCAUCGCCAUGUUUGCAAGAGGCAGUGAUAAGAAAGUUGAAACCAAUUUCAACAAGAAUCAAAGAACUCGCUCGACCAACGAAGCAUCGUAUGUUGAUGACCCUGCAGGAAGUUGGUACUAAAUUGAAACCCGAAUUUGUGGAUAAUUUAAUAAAAUCACUGGAGGGUGAAACUUGUCUUACACCAGAGCAAGCAGCGAAGGUGUUUCGCGAUAAAAAACGUAAGAGAAUCACUAGGAAACGAGAAAAGCCACGUAAGUUUAGUCGGAUUAGUCGAACGACAAAAAAAUCUGGUGCAGCAAGUGCAACGAUAUUGGACAAGGAUGCAGUAAUGUGUCAAUAUAUGAUGGCCGAGUGUUUUGUUAAGAGUAUUCUUGAUUGGAAAUGUCCUAUACCGAAGGAAGAGUACGAGGACAUUGCAAGCGUGAUAAUGAGGAGAUUAAGUUACAUCCUAGAAUAUACGCCGACCGAUGAGAGCGAUCGUAAGUCUCAGCAGAUGCGCUUUCUCUCGGACAUAAUAGCUUCUUGGAUAUCGGGAGUUCUCUUCGAAGUUGCGGACGAUCAGAAGAAGGAACUGGAAGAAAUUUGUGAGAGAAAACGGAAGGAAGCAGAGGAAGAAGCGGAGGAGGAAGAGGAGGAGGAGGAGGAGGAAGAGGAGGAGGAAGAGGAAGAGGAAGAGGAGGAAGAAGAAGAGGAGGAGGAAGAAGAAGAGGAGGAAGAAGAAGAGGAGGAGAAGGAGAAGGAGGUGAAAGAGGAGGAGGAGGAGGCUGAACCGGAGAUAACAGAGGAAGAAAAACUUGCGAUGGAAGAGGCUGAGAGAUUAGAGAGGGAACGACAGGAAGAGGAAGAAAGGAGAAUUCGAGAGGAGGAGGAAGAAAGGAUCAGGAAGGAAGAAGAGGAAGCUAGAUUACAGCGAGAGAGGGAGGAAGAGGAGGAAAGAUUACGGUUAGAAGAAGAAGCGAGAUUACAGCGAGAAAGGGAGGAAGAGGAGGAAAGAUUACGAUUAGAAGAAGAAGCGAGAUUACAGCGAGAGAGAGAGGAAGAGGAGGAAAGAUUACGGUUAGAAGAAGAAGCGAGAUUACAGCGAGAGAGGGAGGAAGAGGAGGAAAGAUUACGGUUAGAAGAAGAAGCGAGAUUACAGCAAGAAAGGGAGGAAGAGGAGGAAAGAUUACGGGUAGAAGAAGAAGCGAGAUUACAGCGAGAGAGGGAGGAAGAAGAGGAAAGAUUACGGUUAGAAGAAGAAGCGAGAUUACAGCAAGAAAGGGAGGAAGAGGAGGAAAGAUUACGGUUAGAAGAAGAAGCGAGAUUACAGCAAGAGAGGGAGGAAGAAGAGGAAAGAUUACGAUUAGAAGAAGAAGCGAGAUUACAGCGGGAGAGGGAGGAAGAGGAGGAAAGAUUACGGUUAGAAGAGGAAGCGAAAGAAAAAGAGGAAGAGGAAGAAGAGGAAGCGAGAUUACGGAAAGAGCGAGAAGAGGAGGAAGAAAGGUUACGGAAAGAAGAAGAAGAGAAAGAGAUAUUACGCAUGGAAGAAGAAAGAAGGAAAGCGGAGGAAGAAGAGGAGAAAAAGGAAAUAGUAGAAGAGGAAGUCGAGAAGCCUAUAAUAAAGAUCGGAGAAUACGAAUUCUUCCCUACCGACCUGCCGUUCGUGACCUUCGGUUUGUUAAUAGACGUUCUUUACGUUAUGUUGGAGUCUAUGCCAGAGAGCAAAGAGAUUGAUCUGGUUCGUGAUCGUAUUCAGAGAGCGAUCUAUGAAAAGUUUAGUUCUAUAAUAGAGGACGAAGAUCCAAAAGCAUUGACCGAACACAUGAAGGACGUAUUGAUAGUUUUAGCUGGGAAGAUCGCGACCUGGCUUAAAAAUAUUCUCAGCGAGUCGCAAAUCAUGUUCAUCGACAAAUAUCCGGCUGAAGUCGAAUCCGUUGAAAUUAGGGAUUGGUCGAAGUGGCUCACGUACGUCAGCGAUACCGCAAGCAAUUGGGGUAACUGGCUUCACAAGGUCGUCGAGCAAGCCGGAGAUAUACGGGAAGAGGGUAUAACCCGAGGCGAUUGGCAACAGUGGACGAAAUCCGUCGACGUUGAUGCUCUCCUUUGGAGACGCUUUCAUCUGCAGACCAUUCAUCAGGCUCAUAGAAACGCUACGUUGAUGGCGCAGAGGGAAGUAGUUAAGACUGGCACCAAGACAAUGGACUUCUCCGAGAAAGAAAUACGGAACACCAAUCUUCAAAGUGUCGCUUGACGAAAAAAAGAAAUGAAAAAACGAUGGGAAAGAAACAGAUUGUAAUUUAAUACGAUAUUUAUAAAGAAACUACGAAAUAGAAUCUAUAUUCGUCCGAUUAAAAAAAAUGUCAAAAAUAAAAGGAUCAACGCGUAACAUUUUAUCGUUAACAUUAUUUUAUGAUUUAUUUAACCAUAAUCUUAUUACAAUUAUCUGAUUAAAAUAAUUAAUUCCAUCUA